AUGUCAGUUGAAGAAAAAGUUGCCGACUUAAAGGUCUCCGAAGGAACUGAACAAAAAAUCACACCAUGGGAAGUUGAAGGUGCCGUUGUUGAUGGUAAAGCCAUGGGUAUUGAUUAUGAUAAAUUAAUCAAUCAAUUUGGUACCAAACAUAUCACCCCAGAAACUUUGACUAGAUUCAAAGAAGUCACUGGAGUAGAACCACAUCCAUUUUUGAAAAGAGGUGUUUUCUUUUCCCAAAGAGAUUUAGACCGUAUUUUGGAUUUAUAUGAACAUGGUGAACCAUUUUUCUUGUAUACUGGUAGAGGUCCAUCUUCUGAUUCUAUGCAUUUGGGACAUAUGGUUCCUUUUAUUUUCACUAAAUGGUUACAAGAAGUAUUUGAUGCCCCAUUAGUUAUUGAAUUGACAGAUGAUGAAAAAUUCUUAUUCAAACCAAAAUUAACUAUUGACGAUGUUAAAGGUUUUGCAAUUGAAAAUUGUAAAGAUAUCAUCGCUGUGGGUUUCAAUCCAGAAAACACAUUCAUUUUCUCCGAUUUGCAAUACAUGGGUGGUGCAUUUUAUGAAAAUGUUGUUAGAACUUCUCGUCAAAUUAACACAACUACUGCCAAGGCUGUUUUCGGUUUCACUGAUUCUGAUUGUAUUGGUAAGAUUCAUUUCGCCAGUAUUCAAAUUGCCACUGCUUUCCCAUCUUCAUUCCCUGAUAUUUUAGGAUUACCACCAAAGACUCCAUGUUUGAUUCCUUGUGCUAUUGAUCAAGAUCCUUACUUUAGAGUUUGUAGAGAUGUUGCUGAUAAAUUGAGAUUCUCCAAACCAGCUUUAAUUCAUGCUAAAUUCUUCCCAGCUUUACAAGGUGCAUCUACCAAGAUGUCUGCUUCAGACACCACUACUUCUAUUUUCAUGGGUGAUUCUGCUGCUCAAAUCAAAAAGAAGAUCAACAAGUAUGCAUUCUCCGGUGGUAGAGCCACUGCUGAAGAACACAGACAAUUGGGUGGUAACCCAGAUGUUGAUGUUGCGUUCCAAUAUUUAAGUUUCUUUAGUUAUGACGAUGAAAAAUUGGCUAAAUUAUCAGAAGGUUACAAGAAGGGUGAAAUUUUAUCUGGUGAAAUGAAGAAAGAAUGUAUUGAAGUAUUACAAGAAUUUGUUGCUGCUUAUCAAGAAAGAAGACAAAAAGUUGAUAAUGAUGUUGUAGACAAAUUCAUGAAACCACAUAAAUUGGUCUUUGGUCAAAAGGAAAGAAAGGUUCCUGCCAAGGUUAGAGAACCAAAAGCUAAAAAAUAA